UGCAUAAUCACUUCCCAGACAGAGAACUCACAAUUGGCACCAGCGGCAGCAGCAGUCACCACUGGCUCCAGACUGCCUCUCGACGCCUCUCGACGUCUUUUGAGAAGCAAACGAAAACGUCGAAGGCUCUCUUCGACCACUCUAGUGAUUACAAGCAACCGCAUGAUAUCGGCUGCCUCUACCAACCAAUAUCAGCCUGAGGAGGCACCGAUCUCAAAAGACCGGUUCGUCAGCAUUUAUUUACCAUAUAUUAUUGAUGUUUGGGGUGGUUGCACACAGUCCUCGAAGAAUGCCAGUCCUCGGAGUGGAUUUGACUCUCCAAUUACGGGUUCGAUCUGUCGACAACACCUGUGGACCAAUGAGUCGCCCUUUCAUGCCAGCGCUGUUGCAGCUGUGGAUCUUUUCGAGGAUGAUACUCUUAGGGACGUGGAUGAGUAUGGCGAAGACGAGGAAACGGUAGACAGCUUAGAUGAUGAAGGACUUGAAGAAAUAUUGAAUGAAGUAUUCAACGUGCCGUCAGGUUCUGUUGGUGUUGGUGGUGAUUUGGUCGAGCCACAUCCGCCUACUUCACCCGUCCUGAUACAACACCAUCAACAGCAACUACAGAAUCGGUCUGUCGAACCGAGCGUUCAAAUGCAAACAAGCCUUGAUGAUGUCAAUGAUUGCAUGCUUCUGGACGACUUCCUGAGCAUGGCCGGCAAUUUUGUUGACACGAGUGUCGGUAUCCAGGAUGUGAAAUCAUUUAUUGUAGCACCUCCUGUUCCGAUGCUUUCAACGAUCCAACAGACUUGA